AUGGCAUCAACGACAAUGAGUGCUUUGCAAAGUCUCCGAGAUGAAACAAUCUUCACUCAGUUUUACGAGGAAGUUGUUGAAAAAGCAAAACAGAUUAACAUCGAUGAUCCUGUUCUUCCUGGAAAACGCAAAAUUCAUCGUAAACUUGAUGAUGGGACAGCGGCACAUACUUUUUCAUCGUGUGCAGAUAUGUAUAGGAAAGAUUUCUACGACGCAUUAGAUCUGCUUUUAGCUGGCAUAAAAUCUAGAUUUGACCAACCAGGUUACAAGCUUAUGUUAAUCUUGAAAACCUCUGGCUAUCGAGUGGAGAAAAAAGACACACAGAAAGGAAGAUGGGAACCAGUCAAGGAUAGCAUCAAGGGAAGUGAAUUCACCGUUCCCAAACUGUCCGAGGGACACGACUAUCACUUCAGAGUGGCAGCCGUCAAUGACAAUGGAGAAUCUGAUUUCCUCGAAACAGACAUGACCAUCACUGCCAAAAAUCCAUUUGAUGAACCAUUCCCUCCCAGUCAACCCAAGUGUAUUGAGCAGGACAGGGAUCACAUUGUCAUUGCCUGGGAACCUCCGGAGAAUGAUGGAGGAAAUCCUGUCCAGGGUUAUAUGGUGGAGAGGAAAGAACCCAAGUCUAACAGAUGGACGCCUAUCAAUAGAGGACUCGUACAUGAGUGCGAGUUUGAAGAUGAGAAAGUCACAGAAGGGAAGGAUUAUGAAUAUAGAAUUCGGGCAGUCAACGACGCCGGACAAUCAGAACCCAGUGUGGCAUGUAAACCAAUCACUGCCAAACCAACCAAAGAGGCUCCGAAAGUUAACCUGGAUGCCCUGUUUGGUGCUAAAGAGAUCCGUGUGAAAGCUGGAGAACCCCUUACCAUACCCAUCGGGAUUUCUGGAGCUCCAACUCCUACGUGUACCUGGAAUAAAAAUGGAUCUCCAGUGGACAGCCGGGUAGGUAUCUAUAGCCACAGAUUGUUGUAUCUGGAUCAUAUCCAGGGACUCCGAUACAAUGAAGAAGAGGCUAAGCUCUACAUUCCGAAGUGUGAGAGAAAUGAUACAGGCAAAUACACCAUCACUGUGUCCAACCAAUACGGCACGCAGACCGCCGACGUUCCCGUGGUGGUUCUAGAUAAGCCUGGAGAACCAGAGGGACCCAUUGAGGUCACCGACUUAAUGGCCGAUUCCUGUAAACUCUCAUGGAAACCACCUGUGGACAAUGGAGGAGCUGAGGUCACAGGUUAUGUUGUUGAGAAACAGGAAGAAGGCUCAUCUACCUGGGAAAAGGUGACAGGACUUGGCUCUGGAACCACCAUGCCUGUCAAGAACCUGAAAGAAGGCAAAAAAUACAAAUUCCGGGUCAAGGCAGAAAACAUCUAUGGAGCAGGAAAACCAUUGGAAACUCUAAAACCCAUUGUUGCUAAGAAUCCAUUUGAUACCCCUGAUGCUCCUAAAAAUCUCCAAAUUCCUAAAUAUGAUAAGAGAUCUUGUGAAUUGACAUGGGAAAAACCAGAAUUUGACGGAGGAAAUCCGAUCACGGGAUACACUAUAGAGAAGAGAAGUAGGGGAGGCGACUGGGCUCAGGUCAACAACUUCCCCAUCAAGGAACCGAAGUUUACUGUAAUGGGUCUCCAGGAGGGAACUGUAGUAGAGUUCAGAGUGGCAGCAGUCAACGAUGGAGGACCAGGAAAAUUCAGCAAGGCAACACCCCCACAUCAAGUCAGGGACCAAGACACUCACCAAGACGUACAAGGUCUGUAUGAAAAUGAGAAGUACUUGUUCAGGAUCAUGGCAGUGAACCAGCAUGGACAGUCUGAACCCCUGCAAGCUGAGAAUCCAAUCGUAGCUAAAAUGCCAUUUGAUGCUCCGGAAUCCCCUGGCAUUCCUGAGGUCACCGAGGUGGGUGGAGACUUUGUCAGCCUUAAAUGGGAGAGACCAAAAUCUGAUGGUGGUGGAAAGAUCAAAUCCUUCUGGGUCGACAAGCGUGAGCACGGAACGGACAACUGGCACCGUGUCAACCUCAACCCUUGUCUUACAAACAUGAUCAAUAUUCCAAACCUGAUUGAGGAUCGCAGAUACGAAUUUAGAGUGUUUGCUGAGAAUGAGGCAGGAAUGAGCAAACCGUCUUUGGCUUCCACCAGUGUCAAGAUCAAGGAUCCUAAUGCUGCUAUUGCUCCAGAAAUUACACAAAGUCUCCGAGACGUUCAGACAGUGGCUGGUAAGAAUGCUACGUUUGAACUGGAAGUCACUGGCAAUCCCAGACCAGAGGUACAAUGGUACAAAGGAUCGAGAGAAAUCUUUGAGGACAAGAAGUUUGAGAUCAUUGAAGAAGGAAAUCUUCACAUGUUGUGUAUCAAGGAUGUGUUUGGUGAAGAUGCUGACGAAUAUUCUGUUAAGGUCUUCAACAAAGGUGGAUCUAAAGUUUCUAGAGCCAAUUUGAACAUCAGAGCUCCACCCAAAAUCAACGUGCCAUCUAGAUUCAAGGACGUUAGCACAUUUGAGAAGGGAGAACCUGUCGUUAUGAAAAUUCCAUUCACUGGCAAUCCUAAACCAACCGUCAAGUGGUUCCGAGAUGGAGAGGAGAUUAAGGGCCGUAACUAUGUCCAGGAAGUAACUGAUCGCCAUGCUAUUCUGACCAUCAAGGAGGCUAACAAAGGAAAUGAUGGUCCUUACAGACUGGCCCUGGAGAAUGACCUGGGAACAGACUCCGCCAUCAUCAAGAUUCAGGUCAACGAUCGCCCUGAUCCUCCACGCUUCCCAGUGGUGGAGAACAUCAGAAGCGACUCCGUGGUUCUCUCAUGGAAGGCACCACUGAAUGAUGGUGGAAGUUUCAUCACCGGUUACGACAUCGAGAAGUGUGAACCUCCAGGAUCUAACUGGGUCCGGGUGGCCAACACUAGGAUGACCUUCCAUAACAUCCAGAGUUUGACUUCUGGAAAGGAAUAUCAAUUCCGGGUCAUCGCUGAUAACUUCUACGGCAAAAGUGACGCUUGUGAGCCGACCUCCACUAUCUGUACCGAAGACUCAGAGGCCAGCAAGAGGAAGAAAUUAGAAGAUGAAAUGGGAAGAAAAGUCCGCGGAAAAUAUGAUGGUCCUAAGAUUAAUGACUACGACAAAUUCUAUGAGAACUUGUGGAAGAAGUAUGUCCCCCAGCCGGUGCAGGUCAGAACAGACAAUGUGUACGACCAUUGCGACAUUCUUGCGGAACUGGGCAGUGGUGCUUUUGGCGUUGUCCAUCGUUGUGUUGAGAAGGCCACCGGACGAGUGUUUGUGGCCAAAUUUAUCAAUACUCCCUAUCCACUGGACAAGGCCACUGUCAAAAACGAGAUCAACAUCAUGAACCAUCUUCAUCAUCCAAAACUCCUCCAACUCAAAGACGCUUUUGAGGAUCGCCAUGAAAUGAUCCUUAUUUUAGAAUUUUUGUCGGGAGGAGAGUUGUUUGAUAGAAUUGCUGCCGAGGAUUACAAGAUGACGGAGGCCGAGGUCAUUAACUACAUGAGACAGGUCUGUGAAGGUCUCAAACACAUGCACGAAAACAGCAUCGUCCACCUCGAUGUCAAGCCUGAAAAUGUUAUGUGUGAUACGAAGAAAUCCAACAAUGUGAAGAUGAUUGACUUUGGUUUGGCCACCAAACUGAACCCUGACGAGAUUGUCAAGGUCACUACAGCUACUGCCGAGUUUGCUGCCCCUGAGAUCGUGGAUUCGGAACCCAUAGGUUUCUACACAGACAUGUGGGCUGUGGGAGUCCUGGCUUACGUACUAUUGAGUGGGUUAUCUCCCUUCGCUGGAGAGGACGAUUAGGAAACUCUCCAGAAUGUCGGCCGCUGUGAUUAGGAGUUUGCAGAGGAGGCAUUCUCAUCCGUCUCUCCUGAGGCAAAAGACUUCAUCAGGAGACUCCUCAUCAGGAGACCACAGGAAAGAAUGACAGUUCACGAUUGUCUAGACCAUUCAUGGCUGAAGGGUGAUCUCAGCAGUAGAACAACCAGAAUUCCAUCCAGCCGCUAUGAUAAGAUCAGAGCCAGAAUCAAGGAAAGAUAUGCUGACUGGCCACACCCUAUGCCAGCCAUUGGCCGCUUGGCUAACCUCAGCUCUCUCAGGAAACACCGUCCAAAGGAAUACUCUAUCUAUGAUGCCUACUUUGAUCGUAAGGAAGCUGCUCCGAGGUUCAUCAGACGUCCCAGAAACACCUUGGUGGGAGAAGGAAACAUUGCUAAGUUAGACUGCAGAAUCAUUGCUGCCUCGGCUCCGAUCGUCACUUGGCGUUUUGAUGGCGGGGUACUCACUCAGAGUGUGAAGUACAUGCAGAAAUACAUGGGUACAGAGUACGAGCUAAAGGUCAGUCGGUGCAAGAAGGAGGACGCUGGAACUUACACAGUAGUUGCAGAGAAUUCCUUUGGAAAACGUGAAGAGAAGGCUUCCCUCAAAGUGGAACCUGCUCCAAAGAGGGAGGUAACUCUGAGUCGAGAAACUACAUCCAUGCGAAGAUCCAGACCUCCAUCCAUGAUGAGAGAAAUUGAGAAACCCAAAGAGGAACGUCCAGACUUUAAUUUUGGUCUACGUCCUCGUCUAAUCCAGGCCGGACAAGAAUUCAAACUCAUCUGUUGUGUUCAGUGUACGCCCACACCAAAGGUCACCUGGACAAAAGAUGGUCGUGAAAUCACUCACAAUGACCACUACAUGUGCCAGUAUUCCAGCGGUGUAUGUACAAUGGAGGUGCAGAAUGCACUCGUGUCGGAUACAGGAACUUACAAAUGUGUCGCCGUAAAUGAACUCGGAACUGAAGAAACAUCCAGCUAUGUUGUCGUAGAAGAUCGAGCUCAUGAAGGAGUGGAUUUGAGGAAAAGUGGCAAAUCCCGCAGCGUACGCCAGACGAAAUCUGGUUACAGUAGUCGAUAUGAAGAUUCUAGCUACAACGAGUCUUCUUAUUCCUCCUCCUCAAAAACUAGUCGCUCCUCGAGGAAAUAUACCGAAGAAACAGUAGAGGACAGCUCCUAUUCUUCCCGACAAUCUGACCGAUCACAGAGGAAAAAGAGGGAGGAAGUAGCCCCUAAUUUCACACAGAAUCUGUCCCCAGAAAUUCUUAGGGAAGGAGAUCGCUUAAAGCUGACCUGUUCUUUUAAAGGAACACCUGAUCCAGACAUUGAGUGGUACUUCAAUGGACAGCUUUUAAAGGGUGACAGUUCCGUGAAGAUCAGGAGCCUUGGUGACAGCUGUUCCCUGGAGAUCAGGGAGGUUACUGUGGAUGAUGAAGGAUCAUAUACGUGUAAAGCCAUUAACUCAGCGGGAGUAGCCUCCACUAAAGCUAGUGUACAAGUCACUGCCAAGCCGCAAGAGAAAUUAGCUGACCCACCCCGCUUUAUUACCCAUCCCUUAGGUCUUAGGUUAAAUGAUGGUGACCCUGCCACAUUAGAAUGUCAGAUUUCAGGCUCUCCUGACAUAAAAUGGUACAAAGGUAGAGAGCAGAUCGUGGAUAGUGAAGACUUCCGUUAUGAAAACGACGGCGACACGUACAGACUGGUGAUUGCUGAAGUUUUUCCGGAGGAUAGUGGAAUGUACAAGUGUGUGGCUGAAAAUGAGGCUGGGUCGUCCAGCAGCAGCUUCACUGUUUUCGUAGAAGUGCCAGACGAAGAACCACAAGGUCCCCAGUUUAGCUGAUUCCCUCAGUCCAGAACUGUAGAUGAGGGAUCCUCCUUUAAAGCUACCUGUGGUUUAGAUGAUGUUGAAUCUGUUGUUUGGACCAAAGAUGGUCGGGAAGUCGAGGACACGGGCAGAUUCAAUUUCAGCCAAGAUGGCAAUUCUUUCACCUUUGAGAUACCUGCAGCACUGGCAACAGAUUCGGGUGUCUACUGUGCUAAGGCUACAAAUAGCAAAGGAAAGGCCGAAUGGCAAUUCACACUUGAUGUGCGACAAUGAAGCAUCUAAUAGACAUCAUCACACAGAUAAAUUGUGUCCCAGAUGACGUGGUUUCCAUCCUAGCUACCAUCUGGGUGGUGAACUAGUUUACUGUCUUCUAUUGUGGAGAAAAAAGGCAGUACACGCCAUUAGGACUUGCAAUAUUGGCUGCAAAACGCUUGUUUUGAGUUGCAUUGGAGAUUUUCAAACUGAUGAACUCGCAUCAGAAAUUCACAGACAGUUGAAUAUGAGUUGAUAAAUGUGGAUUGUUUCUCUCAUUAAAUGCAGUUUUUUUUUUAUUAUUUCAUAUGCAUAAUAGAUUUUAAUAUAUUUAAAUUAUAUUGUUAAAUAUGUGAAAACCAUUUAUGUCUUUCAUCACCACUGUGCAGAGUUAAACUAUAUUUUCAUUGUAUAUUUUUUAUUUUUAAGUGACACUAACCUUGUAAGAGUAGAUUAUUAUUAUUAUUUUUUAAGGGUCAGUCAAUUCUUUUGGAAAAUCUCAUUGUGUGCAAAAUGAAAGUCUCUUUAUGAAUGAAUUGACAUUUGAACUGAUAUGUGAUUUUUCGAAGAAAAGUUCACCAGUAGCUAUUGGUGUUUAAAUGCUUAGAGUGAGGCUAACCCAACACGAUUCCUUUGUAGAAUUAACCACGUACUCGGUAAAUUUCGUAGACAAAGUUUUUUUUUUAAAAAAAAACAACAAACUGAAAAAUAUAGUAGAGAGUAGUUGCCCCCAGUUAUUAAGAAGUGUAGGCAUUUGCUGUUGUGCGUGGAAUUUCUCCAUUAGGAAUCCAGCAUCCGUCUCCCCAUCCCUUGCUUUGUAUUCCAUGACAAAAAUGUUCACAUAUAAAAGCUGUUUUCCACAUA